GAUUGCGUAUUGCGCAGGCGUGUCUAGCUGAAGGCUAAGGGGAGUGACGUGGAGAGGAGCAGCGAAAUUCACUCACUGAAGUUCAACUGAAGGAAUUCAUUCAACCGCCGCUGUCCGUUGUACUACAGGCUAGUAGAUGUUCCGAAGGAGCGCUUUCUUCGCUGUUCUGCUGCCCUUUAUUGCAAGAAACAUCAGAAACAUUUCUACUGAUUAGCUGUGGGUCUACCGAUGGGGACGUUAUGUCGUUGGAGUUACGCCGCUGGAUUUUGUUAUUUUAGUUGAGAAGAAGGGACUGUGUUGCGCUCGGAGCAACAGUGUUGGUAUAAACAUGCUGACACCGAUCUUGGCGUACUUGCUAUCCGUUCUCCUUCUCUGCCGGAUAGCGUUCUCUCAAUACUCCAGCGAUCAGUGUAGUUGGAGGGGCAGCGGUUUAACCCACGAGGGCCACACUAGGGAUGUGGAACAGGUCUAUCUGCGUUGUUCCCAGGGCUCCCUGGAAUGGCUCUACCCCACCGGGGCCGUCAUCGUCAACCUGAGGCCCAACACCCUGUCCCCAGCGGCCUCCCGCCUCUCCGUCUGCAUCAAGCCCUCCGCGGACUCCCACGGGACCAACAUCUAUCUGGACCGGGCGGGGAAGCUCCGGCUGCUGCUGCCAGAACCGGACCAGGCCCUGGGGAAGGUGACCUGCUUCGGCGUGCAGGAGGGCGCGCUGUUCAUCGAGGCCAUACCUCACCGGGACAUCAGCAGGCGAAUCACGUCGUUCCAGUACGAGCUGGUUUCGGAGAGAACCGGAGCCGGGAUGGACCUGCGGUCGCUGUCCGCUCCCUGUCAGCCAUGCACCGAUGCCGAGGUGCUGUUGGCUGCCUGCACCAGCGACUUUGUGGGCAGGGGCAGCAUCCGGGGGGUGGAGCAGGAGGUGGAGAAAUCGUCGGUCACCGUGGCGAUCAGCCGCCUGUACAAACAGAAAACCCAGGUGUUUGCCCCCGGUGGGGUACGGGCGAGGAGGUGGACGGGGAAGGUGAGGAUUCCCAGGCAAUGCGGGGUCAAGUCUGGCCCUGGCGAGGGUGAAUUCCUGUUCACUGGGAGCAUACGCUUUGGCGAGGCCUGGAUGGGGUGCGCCCCGAGAUACAAGGACUUCCUCCGAGUGUACCGGGACGCCGAGCAUGGAGGAACGAAUCCGUGUCACGUAGACACGGACUGAGUUAAACAUAGGCCGGUCCUCGUCGCGCCAGGGUCGGGUCGUGCCCACGAAACAUGGACUGGGCCAUCGCCACAACAGCAGCUUCUUACUAAAUGGACGGGAGACCCGCGUCUGAGCCAAAUGGGGAGACUAACUGAAUAGAGAGAGAAAGAGAUCUGCAGUCAGACUAAUGGACAGACUGGAGACAGACACUCUACUCCCUCUCUUCCGGUAUUCUGAUGCAGAGACACGGAAUGUUGCCGAGCAGCAUUGUGCCGGUCGGACUCAUUUCUCCAAAAGCCUAAGUUGUUGUUGUUGUUUUUAUUGUUGUUGUGAAAUAUUCAAAGAAUCUUGCAGAUUGUUCUAAGACUGUCCUAUUGGAAUGUUGUAAGGAUUUUGUUCAGUUGCAAGGUGAUCCAAGGAUUCUAAUGUAGCACACCCUGUUCGGAAGAUGUUUAGAAAAUGUGAAAGAAGAACAUUUCUGAAAUGGAGACUCCCAACUGCUUUGUGAAAAGCUUGAUGUACAGUUUCGAAGUUGUUUCUUAUGAAAUACAUUUAUAAAUUCAAAGCCUGCUUUUAAUUUUGAUUUAUUUUGGUGGAAUGAAAAUAUAGAAGUGCAAUUUACAGCCUGUAUUAUUUCCACAGGUUGUUGUAUGAACAGUUUUUUUUUCUCCACUGAUUAAAAGGUUUUUUUUCCCCUGGAAAA